CCACUUACGUAACUCAUACCGCGGAUACACUCUCUAAAACCCAUUUAAAAUACUCUGCGUACUGUCAAGCGUGAAUUUAAAAUCAACCGCCCUUCAAAUCAGUGUUUUGAUAACGCCUUCAACACGAGCUGUAGAUGAAGUUAAUAGUGAUUUCCUGUCGCGGUGAAUCUGAUCGGCACCAUCCAUCCCAAAUUAAAUACUUCCGGGUAUUUCACUACUCUCAGAUGUUGGCAUGAUUUGGUUUUGAGUGAAUCUUUUUCUUUAUAACAUCAAGCGAGAUGGACGAGAGCGUCUUAAAGUGAGCGUGUUUUUGUUCUUUGAUACUUUGUGGCUUUGUUUUAUCCAGCCAGAUGUGAGCGUGUACAUUUGUUUGGCCAUGUCCAGAUGUUGAUCUCAGGCAGAUUGGUAAUCCAUGGGAUUAAAUGCUGUUGCUGUGUGAAGAACUGUAUGCUGCAUUAACGUGCUCGCCAUGAAACGCAUCGUUUUCUUUCUGGCGUCUUUAUUCCUGACGGAGUGUUCAAGGAGACCCAUUCGGGAUGUCCUAGACGACGAGUACGACCAGCUCAGCUCAUUGCUGUCAGACUUUGAUGUUCUUCAGCGGUCCAGUCUUCAACAGCAUUCGGUUCGCAAGAGAGAUGUCCAGUCACAAACACACGCAGAGAGGUUUCUCGGUUUCACUGCGUUACAGAGGCAUUUCAAAUUGUACCUGGCAACCAACACAGAGCUCUUCACUCAUGACUUUAAGGCUGUGGUAGUAGGAGAAGAUGGCGCUCAAAAGACGUACGAGGUCCAGAGAGAAAACUUCUUCAUCGGUCAUGUCAUUGGAGAGGAGAAUUCCCGUGUUCAAGCGCAUAUCGGUGUCAAUGACUUCACUGCUCAUAUUCUUACUGAUGAAGCCGAAUACAAUAUUGAGCCCCUGUGGAGGUUUAUCGAAGACUCACAUGAUGAUCGGCUGCUCAUAUAUCGCUCUGAAGACAUCAGGAACGUGAGCCGGUUGGCGGCUUCAAAAGUGUGCGGCUACAUCAGCACAGAUGCCAUCGAGAUGCUGCCAGAGAGUGUGCGGGCUGCCAGAGCACUAGAUGAAGGGGAAGAGGAGGAGGAUGGGCACCUGAGAGAGAGAAGACAGACCCCGGACCACAGUAAGAACACCUGCCCUCUGCUGCUUGUGGCCGACUAUCGAUUUUUCAGACACAUGGGCCGUGAGGAGGAGAGCACCACCCUCAACUACCUGAUUGAGCUGAUUGAUCGUGUGGAUGACAUUUACCGUAAUACGUCUUGGAAUGAGGAGUAUAAAGGUUAUGGAGUUCAGAUUCAGCAGAUAAUAAUUAACAAGACACCCACAAAAGUGUCGCUGAGAGGUGCCCACUACAACAUGAAAGGGACUCCUGUGAAGAACAAACAUGUCUGGGACGUCAAGACGCUCCUGGAGCAAUUUAGCAUUGACAUCGCAGAUAAUGCAUCCCAAGUGUGCUUGGCUCAUCUGUUCACAUAUCAGGAUUUUGAUGAAGGCACGCUCGGCUUGGCUUACGUGGCUCCCUCCAAAGCAGGCUUUCCUGGAGGUCUUUGCUCUGAGAAGUGUCCUUCUUCAGGAAAUGACAAUCGUGCUAUAUACCUUAACACUGGACUAACCAGCACCAAAAAUUAUGGAAAAACCAUUCUUACCAAGGAAGCUGAUUUGGUUACCACUCAUGAGCUUGGCCACAACUUUGGUGCUAUUCAUGAUCCAGAUACUUCACCGGACUGCACGCCCAGAGAGGAUCAGGGGGGCAAAUACGUAAUGUACCCCAUUGCAGUGAGUGGGGACCACUCUAACAAUAAAUUGUUUUCAAACUGCAGCAAGAGAUCCAUAGUAAAGAGUCUGACCCUCAAGGCCCCCGCCUGCUUCAGAGAGAGGAACAGCAAUGUGUGCGGAAACUCACGGGUGGAGGAAGGUGAGGAGUGUGAUCCUGGACUGCUCCACCUCAACAGCGACCGCUGUUGCACGUCAGACUGCAAACUUCGGCCCAAUGUGGAGUGCAGUGACAGGAACAGUGCGUGCUGCAAAGACUGCAUGUUUGAGAGGAAGGGCAAGGUGUGUCAGGAGCCGAUGAAUGCCACUUGCAAGGGAAGGUCUUACUGUACAGGACUCAGCAGUGCAUGCCCUCCUCCAGAGAACGUCCCUAAUAAGACCAUCUGUGUGGACAAUGGGCGGUGUCUGAACGGAGAUUGCAUCCCAUUCUGUGAAGCUGUGAAGAGCCUGCAGUCGUGUGCUUGCAAUGAGACGAACAACUCUUGUAAGGUGUGCUGUAAGGAUAAGAGCGCUGUGUGCACUCCUUAUAUUGAUGAGAAGGGCAACCCCAUCUUUCUGCGGAAAGGCAAACCCUGCACUGUGGGCUUUUGUGAUGGAGCGGGUAAAUGCAUGAAACAGGUCCAGGAUGUUAUUGAGAGAUUGUGGGAUUUCAUUGAGAAGUUGGACAUUAAUACUUUUGGGAAGUUCCUGGCAGACAACAUUGUUGGCUCAGUGGUGGUCUUCUCACUUCUUUUCUGGAUCCCGCUCAGCAUUCUGGUCCAUUGUGUGGAUAAAAAACUUGACCAGCAAUAUGAAUUUAACACAAAGCCACUCUUCUACCCCAGUAAUGCAGAGCUGAUGAGCAGUCUGGAAUCAGCCUCGGUGCGGAUCUUCAAACCGCCAUCAUCCUCAGGCUCCUCUGCGGUGCCACGCUUUCAGGCGUCUGAACCCUUGCAGACCAGCACACCACCUGUCUCCAUCUCCCAGGUGGCUCCAGCCUUAACCCCAACACCAACACCGUGUCCUCACCCCACAAUGGAGCACCAACGCAUGGCCACCAUCCAAGAAGAUCUCAGCUAUGAUUCCCACCUGGAUGAACAAGCCCUGGGAGAGGACUUCCCUACCUCUGGCACAGUGUCACGCUCCUUUGAUGAUCUGACGGAGAACCGAGAGAAUGCCAUGUCCUUCAGGGUAAAGAGACAUGCACAAAAUAACAGCAAGGAGACUGAAUGUUAAGAGUGUGGUUGUAUAGGAAUUGUAAGGGAAUAUGAUUGGGAAUGCUCAAAGCUGAGCAGAACGAGCAUUACAUAUGCGCUGAAAUGCAAUGUGCUUGCCGCUCAAGUAUUGAAAAAAACAAAAACAGAAUGCAGUUUGUUUUAAAGGCAUAGUUCACAGAAAAUUCACCCUCAUGUCGUUCCAAACCUGUAUGACUGUCUGACUUCUGUGGAGCUCAGAAGGAGAAAAUCUUGA